GAUAAGUCAAAAACUGUAGAUUUUAUAAGCGACGAAAGAAACCUAAGGGAUAUGGAACCCGCACAGCACUGCCAAAGUGCUCCGUUUUGGGGAAACGCUCUCCAUUCCAAAAGGGUUAAAAUUUAGAAGUAAUCUGCUAGUCCAUCGGCUGGCGUAAGGGAGUGGUGUUGGGAGGCAGAAAUAGUAUCUUGAUGAAUUGAAAUUCUUCAAGGAGGUGGUCUUGUAGGCCUGAAGAAUGGGAAGGAGCAUCAUUGUCCUCAACAAGGAAGACAUGGAGUGGCAGAUUCAUCUCAAGAAAUAUUUUUUCACCAAACACUUCAUUGAUCCAGUCACAAAAAAGAUCAUGUGUCACCCAAGCCUUGUUGUUGAAUCUCCACAUCACAUUUAAUUUGCUCUUCUGGACUUUACACUUCUUGAAGACUCGUGGAGUUUCUGAAUGUUAUAAAAGUAGUGGUUUAAUUUUCAAAUCACCACUUGCAUUGUCACAGAAUAGCAAUUCCAGAUAGCCUUUCAUUGGCUUGCGACCCGGCAAUGCAGUCUCCGCUGCGAUUAUAAACGUAAGCUUCGGCGUUUUUUUUAGAAUAAACAUGUCUUGUCACAAUUAAAAAAUCUGUUUUGUCAGACAACCCUGAGAAUCUACGAGCAUCUUGAAGUUGCUGAUGAAGUUCUCUGCUGCCUUUGGGCCACAGCUGGCUGCUUCACUUUGCCUCACAAUGAUGUUGAUACCGGUUCUUCUCUUAAACUUCUCGAGCCACCCACGACUUCCCUUAAACCCUUCUUUGGCUGCUGAUGAUCCUGGCAUCUUCUAAUGAGGUCGGCAAAAAUCAUUCUCGCCUUCUCACAAAUGAACUUCUCGUUAAUAGGUUCACUUUGCAAUUGCUUUUCAUUUAUCCAUAUAAGAAGCAACCUUUCAACAUCGUCCAGAACAUGAAACUGUUGUUUAGAUAAUCUUGUCACUCCAUUUGAAGCAUCUGCCUCCUUAAUCUUGUCCUUGUUCUUGUGCAAAUAAUUGAUGUAGACUGAUUGUAUAUGCAUGUUAAAUCAGCAAUGCUCAAACUACAUUCAUGUUUUUCAGUGAUUUUACGUUUUAUUUCUAAGUUCAUUUUCUUUCUCGUAUGGUUGUCUUCUUGCAGAUUUAUCUUUGUGGACAUUUCUACGGAGGUUAUCAAAAUUUGCAUACAAAAAAAACAUGGCAUGAACACAACUGUAGCAAAAUGUGUGAUCAGAAGCUUCACCAAGAUGGAAGCAAAAUAAGUGCUGAACCCAGAUUGCAGUAUUUACUCGUUAUGCAAAAGUCCUCAUUCAGUUGGCUGAAGAGUGUGCCAGGGGAGCCUAAUCGAGCAUUUUGCCUCUACUGUAACCGAAGCCUUCAUGCUCAUUGUUUAAGUCUUUUAAAACAUUUAUGUACAUUAAAGCACACAAGAGCUGCACAGGCCAUCGCCCCAGAGCAGUUCCCAUGUGAUAUUGGUGGAGAGAAAAAUACAGAGGCACAACAAAAUUUGAUUGGUAGUGAAGAAAGUGGAAUUGAGGCUGCAUGUCAACAAAUUAUUACCAAUAACAGAGUCAGUGUCGAGCAAAAUAUGUUGAGCACUGAAGGCAGUAUUGUAGCUGCUCAGAAGCAAAUUGCUGGUUCUGAGAUGAGCACUGCACAAGGUACUAAGAAAGGAAUUUCUACCCAUGUUCUGGACACUGCCAAAGGAAAACCUGCCAAUGGAUUGCAGGUCAGCCUUUACCGGUUGAUGGGUGGAAAAUGGACAAUUGUUUCUGAAGGAUAUACUGAUGAAGAUGGUCGAUUCAGUAACUUCCUGCAGGAUUUAGAGCUAUGUAGUGGACGAUAUAAACUACAUUUUGAUGUUGAUAGAUAUUUUGAUUCAACAAGCCAGGAGUCACUGUAUCCUUUCGUAGAGAUUGCAUUUGACGUUAAGUCGCAACAAGAUCAUUACCAUAUACCCCUGCUGUUAAGCCCUUUUGGAUACACAACAUACCGAGGGAGUUGAUAAGAAAAUUAUAACUUUCUUGGUUUAAAUCAGAAGAGACUUUUAAUAUUACUUCUUGAGUACCAUGUGUGUUGUUUAGUUUAAGACUGGAGCAUUGUGUUCUGUAUAUUUUUGUCCCAAAUGUAACAGUGUUUAAUUUUAAGUAUUCAUGUAAAGCACAGCUAAAAACAGAAAUCUAUAUAUUGUUUGUUUGAGGCAUAACAUUGAUGUUUAUUUUAUAUAUCAUACAUUUAUUAAGUUAAACACCUCUUUCAGUAAGAAAACAUUAAAUUCAUGUGGGAAUUCAAAAUGUAGUAUAUAGUGUUUGCAGUAUAGCACAAAAUGUACGUUACUUGAAUGUAGGUUCCAAAACAUUUAAUGUUAAUGUACAGUACUUCAGUUUGUACUGUUGCUUAAAUGAUUCCAAAUGUUGUAAAUGUCAAAGCCUUUUAAUGUUAUUUGUAAACUGUUACGUUUGUUAAUGUCAUCACAAACUCUAGCAAACUGAUGAUGGAUACCUAAUUUCUUAUUUUGUUGUAAGAAACUGUAAGAUAAUAACCUGAAACUUUAUUUUGUACCCCUUAAUUUUCAUCAUUGCAAUUGAUUUAUUGUGAUAAUAAAAGUAUUGAUGCUUUAAA